AAGCAAUUACAAAUUAGUCCAGUACAAUUUAUUUCACAUGUACUAAAUUCUUACAUUUGUUAUUUAAUUAAACGCAUUAAUAGAUUAAUAGCGUAGUUAUUAAUUAGUAACCUCAACACCAAAAUGCACAAGUUCGUUUUAAUUGCGGUCAUCUUAGCAUCGGUUACAUUAUUUGUCCGAUGCGAUGAGCCUGAUGACCUGAAAAGGGAGCAUGCUGCCUUGCUUAAAGGUAAGCAAGACCUUAAAGCUAUCACCGAUAUAAUGAAGAGCGAUUACAUCACCAACUUUUGCGGUAUCUUGGGCAAAGGGGUGGACACCUUGGAGAAAGAGACCCAGGACAAAUUGAAAAAUGAAACUGAUCCUGCUAAACGUCACGAGAUUAUCACAUGGGCCACUAAAGCCUACGCUAGAAUGAGCAAGUUCAUUCAGGAGAUUAUUGAUAAUCUGCCUCCACCAACACCCGCCCCGUUUACUGAUGAAUAAUUUACCAUGUUAACAAAAUAAUAUGGUAAUAGUAAAUAUAUGCAAAACGCUAAUUAGUAUUCUGUAUUUAUUUAUAGCACUAAAUAAAUUAUAAUAAAAUAAUUUAAUUAAAGCAUUAUAACUUGAU